AUGACUAGUUCCGAUCAUUCUCCGUCGCACAACGUCUUCGUGUACGGCAGUUUUCAAGAACCAGCCAUCGUUGGUCUGAUCCUCGAAUGCACUCCGGUCAUAGUCUCCGCCCAACUUCACGGCUUUCAUAGGUACAGACUCAAAGGACGUUUGCAUCCAUGUAUCGCCCCUUCUGAGACCGGAGUUAUUAACGGCAAGGUAUUAACUGGAUUAACAGAUUCUCAGCUACAGAAUUUAGACAUGAUUGAAGGAGCUGAAUAUGAGAGGAAGACUGUUGAGGUUGUAUUAACUGACACAUCCCAGAAGAUGCAAGUGGAAGCCUUUAUAUGGGCUAACAAGGAUGAUCCUGACAUGUAUGGAGAAUGGGAUUUCGAGGAAUGGAAACGACUCCAUAUGGAGAAAUUCAUUGAGGCGUCAAAGAAAUUUAUCGAAUGGAAGAAGAAUCCGGAUGGGAGAGGAAGGGAAGAGUUUGAGAAAUUUGUACAAGAAGAUCCUCCCGUAGCCUAG